AUGAAGCUCAAUCCAGCUGCUUUAGCCGGGACCCUUGUGGUCAGACAAGAGAUUGAUUACAACUCGGCACCGCCAAAUUUGUCAACCCUUGCGAAUUCGAGCCUCUUCGACACAUGGCGACCCAAAGCGCACGUCCUUCCGCCGUUUGGACAAAUAGGCGACCCCUGUAUGCACUAUACGGAUCCCGAAACGGGCCUCUUUCAUGUCGGUUGGCUGCAUCAGGGUGCUUCUGGAGCUACGACGGACGAUCUUGCUACGUAUCACGACAUCAACCCGGAUGGACAGCCGUUCAUUGUCGCGGGAGGGAAGAAUGACCCAAUCGCAGUUUUUGACGGAUCAGUAAUUCCAAGUGGUAUCGACAGCAAACCUACUCUCCUCUAUACGUCGGUUUCGUACCUACCGAUUCAAUGGACUAUUGCGUAUACCAGGGGCAGCGAAACACAAUCUCUCGCAGUCUCAAGUGACGGCGGUCGGAACUUCACCAAACUCAAACAGGGGCCGGUUAUCCCAUCACCGCCUUUCGCAGUCAAUGUGACAGGCUUCCGCGACCCUUACGUGUUCCAAAAUAGUCAGCUAGACAGCUACCUUGGAAGCGCACCAGGUACUUGGUACGUCGUCAUCUCCGGUGGUGUUCACGAGGAUGGGCCAAGCCAGUUCCUGUAUAGGCAACAUGAUCCAGAAUUCCAGUACUGGGAAGAAUUAGGUCAAUGGUGGCAUGAGCCAGCUAACUCGACGUGGGGUAAUGGUGGCUGGGCCGGUAGAUGGGGUUUCAAUUUCGAGACUUCCAAUAUUUUCAGUCUCGAUGAACAGGGAUACAAUGCCAAAGGUGAAGUUUUCACGACAUUAGGCGCGGAAUGGUCGUUGGAUCCUAUUGUGCCGCAAGUCUCAGAUUUCCGUGAGAUGCUUUGGGCUGCUGGAAAUAUCACCUGCGAGGAUGGUAAAGUCCAGUUUACGCCUAGCAUGGCGGGGAAGCUCGAUUGGGGGACUUCCGCCUAUGCUGCUGCUGGCAAACUGCUACCCGCUACCGCUAAGGCCUCGGAGAAGAUUGGCGCUCCCGAUCGCUUCAUCAGUUAUGUAUGGCUAACCGGAGAUUUCUAUGGUACCUUGAAUUUCCCGACUGCGCAGCAAAAUUGGACUGGUGCACUUUUACUUCCACGCGAAUUAAGUGUUGGGAAGAUUCGCAAUGUCGUCGAUAAUGAUUUGGUUCGUGAGACUGGAUCUUGGAGAAUUGCUAGUAACAACUCGGGUGUCGUUGAAUUAGCGACCCUAAAACAAGAAAUCACUCGUGAAGCGCUAUCAGCAUUAACAAAUAGCAGCUCCUACAUAGAACCUGGCCAGACGUCGAGUUCACCGGGUUCUGUGUCUUUCCAACGUUCGCCAGAAAGCAAAUUCCAUGUGAUCACCGCAUCGCUUUCUUUCCCGGAUUCAAGUCGUGGCAGCGAUUUGCGAGCUGGCUUCCAGAUCCUGUCGUCCGAGUACGAGAGUACGACCAUCUAUUAUCAAUUUUCUAACGAGUCAAUAAUUGUCGAUCGAAGUAAUUCCAGCGCUGCGGCCAAAACGACAAAUGGUAUUGACUCUCGAAACGAGGUGGGAAAGUUACGUUUAUUUGACGUUGUGGAGGACGGAAAACAGCAAAUAGAGAGCCUUGAUUUGACUAUUGUUGUCGAUAAUUCUAUUGUCGAGGUACAUGCAAAUGGAAGAUUCGUUCUGAGCACAUGGGCUCGAUCUUGGUACGCCGCUUCGAAAGAUAUUCGGUUUUUCCAUGAUGGCAAUGGUGAGAUAACAUUCGGGAAUGUGACUGUUUAUGAGGGAUUAUACGAUGCUUGGCCGGAUCGAAAGGAAUGA